AUGUUUCGCCAGCGAGUUGCAAGAUUGAGACAGUCGGCUUCACCUCUGCUAAAACGUGAAAGCUCUCGAGCAAGACCACCUGGACUCAAACACACCACCAAGCCUGGGCCUGUUCGCAAUCAAAAAGCGUUCUGGACAUCGGGCAGAGUGCUCUUGUUCUCGGCAUUCACCGGCACAGCGACAUACCUAUACGGGGUCAGCGAUGCUUCGAGCGUACAGCUCCCGUGGUUGAAGUCUACAGGCCCUCAGUAUGCUUCGAAGCACGAGAUGGAGAAGGCAAUCGCUGAGCUAAGAGCAACGUUUGGUGAAGACACAAUAAGUACGGAUGACGAAGACCUCCACAGACAUGGCUACUCAGAAUGGUCUUCGAUCAACAUCGACCAGCUCCCGGUUGCAGUCGCGUAUCCCAAGUCCACAGAGGAAGUUUCGCAGCUCGCGCAAAUCUGCCACAAAUACAAGAUACCUAUGAUUCCUUAUUCCGGAGGAUCAAGUUUAGAAGCCAAUUUCUCGGCACCUUUUGGCGGCAUGAGCAUCGACUUCACCUUCAUGGACCAGAUCCUCGCGCUGCACGCAGAUGAUAUGGACGUCGUUGUUCAGCCUUCGGUGCCCUGGAUGAGCUUGAACGAUCAAAUCAAAGACUCGGGCCUGUUCUUCCCCGUGGAUCCUGGGCCAUCUGCCAGAAUUGGAGGCAUGGUUGGCACAAGUUGCAGCGGAACGAACGCCGUGCGGUAUGGCACCAUGAAAGAAUGGGUCAUCAACCUUACAGUAGUUUUGGCUGAUGGCACAAUCAUCAAGACUCGAAAGCGGCCACGAAAAUCCUCCGCCGGCUACAACCUCACCAAUCUCUUCGUUGGUUCUGAGGGCACACUAGGCAUCGUGACUGAGAUCACGCUGAAACUGGCUGUAAUCCCGCAAGAAACUAGCGUCGCUGUCGUCACAUUCCCCACGAUCCGCGAUGCUGCAGCUGCAGCUUCCAAAGUCCUCAGAGCAGGCGUGCCUGUUGCCGCGAUGGAGAUCAUGGAUGAUGUGCAGAUGGGAGUGAUCAACAAAGCAGGAUCAACGAACAGAAAAUGGAAGGAGGUCCCAACAAUGUUUUUCAAAUUCUCAGGCACCAAGGCGGGGGUGCAAGAGAACAUCCAGCUGGUAAAGAACAUUUCCCAGAUGCACAAGAGCGGUAAUUUCGAGUUCGCCAAAACUGCCGAAGAAGGCAAGCAGCUGUGGUCAGCGCGCAAAGAAUCCCUUUGGAGCAUGAUGGCAAUUCGCAGAGAAGGUGACGAGGUCUGGUCAACAGACGUUGCUGUUCCAAUUUCUAGGCUACCAGAUAUCAUAGAAAUUUCGAAGAAAGAAAUGGAUGACCUCGGUCUUUUUGCCAGUAUACUGGGUCACAUAGGCGAUGGCAACUUCCACGAAAGCAUCAUGUACAACAGCAAGGACCCAAAGGAGCGCGCGGCCGUCGAGAAGUGUGUGCACGACAUGGUCCACCGCGCACUAGAGAUGGAGGGGACAUGCACCGGCGAGCAUGGCAUUGGGUUAGGUAAGAAAGCCUCACUUCAAAAAGAACUUGGCUUGGACACAAUCAACGUCAUGAGAAGCAUCAAGGGCGCGCUCGAUCCGUAUUGGCUCAUGAACCCGGGGAAGAUCAUGGAUGCAAAAGCUUAA